AUGAUCACGCUCCCCUUGUACGCGUGGGUCGCCGUGUGGAAUAACAACAAGAUGCUGACUGUUUUGGCCCUACUAGACUCUGGGUGCACGACAACCUUAAUCACGCAAGAAGUGGCUGAAUCUUUAGGACUGAACUGCAAGAUGGUACAAUGCCGUCUAACCACCUUCCAUGGAAAUGACCCGAAAAUACCAGUGAGUUCCUCUAGGUGCCGCGUUACACCUUGUGGAAAAGAGACACCAUCGUUUAAUAUCUCGCGCGUUUUGGUGGUGCCAAAGUUGAAAAUAGCUAACGUUUACGUGGAUUGGCCGAUACUGAAGAGGAGAUGGCCUCAUCUUCACGAAUUAGACAUCCCUGUGAUUGAUACAAAUCAAGUAGGCUGUUUCAUCGGAACCAACGUACCAAAGGCACUUCUGCAGCUGGAAAACCGAACGUUAAGCGAGGAGGAACCCAUCGGAAUAUUGACACAAUUCGGUUGGUCUGUGAUCGGCGAGAUACCAAUCACAUGUAUGGGCGAACGGCUAGAGAAUUGUCAAGCCUUAUCGCUUCGAGAGGACAAGGCCGACGAGGCUAUCCAAGAACUGUGGACGCCAGAAUUCUUCACGUCGAGAGCUGAGCGUCAAGCGUACUCAAACGAGCAAGAAAAACGCGCCUUGAAAAUACUGGAGACAGCCGUUCGAUAUCUUGGCGAUCGAUACGAAAUUGGCCUACCAUGGAAGUCGGACGAUGUCUACCUCCCAAAUAAUCUUGCCAGCGCCCUCAGGAGGUUGUAUGCCACAGAGAGCCGAUUUCAACUAGAUGCCGAGCACGGAAUUCGCUACACGAAAGCCAUCGAGGCCAAUAUGAAGAAUGGAUUUGCCAGACGUUUGACGAAAACUGAACUCGUAGGUCCCAUUGGUAGGACGUGGUACGUGCCGCAUUUCCUGGUAACCCAUCAAAACAAGCCAGACAAGCCACGACUAGUGUUUGAUGCAGCCAGCCGACACAACGGCGUAAGCCUUAACGACGCCUUGAUAAAUGGACCGUCGUUGUUAACCGACCUUCAUGACCUACUAGUGAUCUUCCACGAACGACCCUGUGCUGUCUCAAUGGAUAUAGAAAAAAUGUUCCUUCAGGUGCGUGUUAAGGACGAGGAUCAAUCCGCAUUCCGCUUUCUUUGGCGCAGCCCAGGUAGUGGCGGCCCGCCAUUGAAGUUCCAGAUGAUGGUUGAGAUAUUUGGUGCUUCCUUGUCCCCUAUGUCGUGUGCGUUUGUUUUACGACAAACAGGAAAAGACAAUCCCGCUUACGGCGACGUUUCAGAAAAGAUCAUUACCAAUUUUUACGUCGACAAUUAUCUUGACUCGUUUGACAACGUCGCAACCGCAGAAAGAACUUGUCAUCGCUUGACGGAGCUGCUAAAAAAAGGAGGCUUCAGACUGACACAUGUCAUGACCUCAUCGAUGGAGCUUUGGUCAUCUUUUCCCCCCGAAGAGCGAGCUGGCCCAGAGUUGAAUGCCGACCUGGACGGACUACCGAUGGAGAGGACGCUAGGGCUUUUGUGGCGAGGCGAAUCUGACAUCUUUUCGUUUACACUAAACGUCGGGCAGGAAGCAACCAGUAAACGACAAAUCGCCAGCGCCGUCGCGAAGGAGUACCGUAAGGUCUCCAAACAAAAAAAAAUAGGCAAGAAAAGUCAGAGAAUCAAAAGGGCGCAGUUGCGCCGAGACGGGCUUUUGCCCGCAUGGGUGGAACCGCCCCGUCCUCCCCCGGCACGAGAGCGUAUUCCGGACGAACAGUUGCCAGCAGGAGCUCACGCUCCUAGUCUACAACCAUUCUUGGAAAUUGCCCGUAGACUCAUCACCGUCGAACAACUAGAAGAAGCGAUCCGCCCACGGUACUACGGUGAUAUCCGCUACGCGCCUCCAGGAAUCCCGGUGGGUUACCCUGCACCGCAACCCGUGCCAGUGCCAGUACCUGCACCGCAACCCGUGCCCGUGCCAGUACCUGCACCGCAACCCGUUCCAGUGCCAGUACCCGCACCGCAACCCGUGCCAGUGCCAGUACCUGCACCGCAACCCGUGCCCGUGCCAGUACCUGCACCGCAACCCGUUCCAGUGCCAGUACCCGCACCGCAACCCGCACCAGCAUCAGAACCGGGACCCGCACCCCAGGAUCCAGCAGCUACGGCUGCUGAUCCAACCAAGCCGUUAGUUUGA